AUGAAGAAAUACAAUGUGUACCACCGAGUUGCUACCCCAUGCCACCUGAACACAAGUAGUCAAGUUGAAGUCUCGAAUAGAGAAUUGAAGAGGAUUUUGGAGAAAACGGUGAACGGAACAUACAAGGAUUGGUCCCUCAAGUUGGAUGAUGCCUUGUGGGCAUACCUUACGGCAUACAAGACGCCUCUUGGCGGCGUGGUAGAAAGAUUGCUUCAACAUAAUGAAUUGGACGAGUUUCGGUUCUCGACAUAUGAGAACGCCAAGCUCAAUAAGGAAAAAACAAAGCGAUGGCAUGAUGCACAUAUUACCCCUAAAGUCUUGGAAGCGGGAUGUUUUGUGCUUCUCUACAACUCAAGGCUCAAAAGAAAAUUUGGAAGUGUCAGUUUAAGUCAUGUAUCGAUCGAGAAGUUGACUAAACUGGACCUUCUCGAUCGAGACAUGAAGGCAUUUUUGGGCAGAAAAUUGGCUCAGGACCUUCUCGAUCAAGAAGAAAUUUUUUUUAGGCCUUCUUGA